CGCCGGCCAGAAUGUUGGGGUCUUUUAGUCAGCGCUGUGCAGACUGGAGUGGCCCAUAAGAUUUGCGGCUGGCGCUAGUGGUGGGCAGAGAUAAUGAGAAAGCGAUGAGGUCGACAGAGAGCACUCAGGUCAAGAAGGGGAGGGGAAAGUGCACCCGGUGACUAUCAACAAAGCGCGUCACGUGACUGCCGAAGCAGAGAGUUGAUGACAAUAACAACAAUAGGGGGGUAUUUCCGAGAGUUCCGACCGCAACACGGAGACACCGAGAGUGCGGCUCGUGAGAUAGAUCCCUCCGCCAACAACACGCAAAUACACACGGUCUGACAGCUAAUGAACGGUCGCAGCUCUGGGGCGUAGUGAGUACCGCAACCCUCCAUCCCUGAGGGAGAAACCGCAAAGAGAAAAUAGGGACCAUGUCUUUUACGCUAGAGGACACUCUGGAGUCUGACUGGGUGGCCGUGAGGCCCAAUGUAUUCGAUGAGAAGGAAAGGCACAAGUUCGUGUUUAUCGUGGCCUGGAAUGAAGUGGAAGGCAAGUUCGCCAUCACCUGUCACAACCGGACAGCGCAGCGGCAGAGAAGCGCUGACAAAGGACAAAGCCGUAGUCCAUCUAGAGAUGCCCGCAGCAGCCCUGGGACCAGUCCGGCAAAGAAAACUCCCGAGCCGAACCGGGAGGAUACUGAGGAAGACUGUAGCUGGGCAGGCCUCUACUCUUUCCAGGAUUUACGGGCCGUGCAUCAGCAGCUGUGCUCAGUGAGUUGCGAACUAGAGCCCUACUUGCCGGCCUUCCCUGAAGAGCCAUCUGGCGUGUGGUCUGUGCUGUUUGGGGCCCCAGAGCUGAGCGAAGAGCAAGUGGAACAAUUGUGUUUCCAGCUUCAGCGCUACCUGGGCCACGCUCUGGACACCUGCGGCUGGAAGAUCCUGUCGCAGGUGCUGUUCACCGAGAAUGACGACCCCGAGGAGUAUUACGAGAGCCUGAGCGAACUGAGGCACAAGGGUUACGAGGAGGUUCUGCAGAGAGCUCGGAGGAGGCUGCAGGAGUUGCUCGAAAAACACAAGACUACAGAAGACAUGACGGAAUUAAUUGAGUUAUAUCAAAUGGAGGAUGAAGCCUAUAGCAAUCUUGUAGAAGCUACUACAGAGCUAUACCAAUACCUUCUCCAGCCAUUCCGAGAUAUGCGUGAGUUAGCAAUGCUAAGACGACAACAGAUAAAGAUCUCUAUAGAAACAGAUUAUCUGGGUCCAAGAAGAAUAGAGAGUCUUAAAAAGGAAAAUGCUGAUUGGCAAAAUAAAGCACAUAUGGCUGUUCUCUCUAUUCAGGAUCUGACCGUUAAAUACUUUGAAAUAACAGCCAAGGCACAAAAAGCUUUGUUUGAUCGGAUGCGAGCAGAUCAAAAGAAGUUUGGUAAGGGAGCAUGGGAAUCUGCAGUGGAACGUGUAGAAAAAUUACAGUAUGGAGUUUCUAAAGAAACACUGCAACUGAUGCGAGCAAAAGAAAUCUGUUUGGAGCAAAAGAAACAUGCACUGAAAGAUCAGAUGCAGCGACUAGAGGGUGGUACUGAAGCUAUACCGGUAUUGGAUCAAUUAGAAACUGACUAUUAUGAUCAUCAACUCCAGCUAUAUGAAGUUCAGUUUGAGAUUUUGAAGUGUGAAGAGCUGCUGCUGACAUCGCAACUUGAAAGCAUCAAAAGACAAAUAUCAGAGAAAAAGAAGGAUGAUCUGGUAUAUUAUGAUACAUAUGAAAGUAUGGAAGAAGCAAUGCUCGCAGCUGAAGAUAUGUCAGAAUCUAUACAUUUACCAAGGGAAGAAAAGCUAAAGCUUCAGCAGAAAGUGCGUCAGCUUGAGGCAAAGCGUAGUCGCAUUUCUACAAAGAAAGCCUACCUCAAGAAUAAAAAGGAAAUUUGCAUUUCAAAGCACAAUGAAAAGUUCCAGCAACACCUUCAAUUUGACAAGGACUUCAAAGAACACCAUGCUGUAAUACUGCAAGACCAACAGGAAGAAGAUAGAAAAAACACUUGGGUUAGUCAAGAGCGUCAGAAAACUUUGGACAGACUUCGAACAUUUAAACAGCGUCAUCCUGGGCAAGUGAUUCUUAAAUCAACCAGACUGCGUUUGGCUCAUGCCAGAAGGAAAAACACAUCAAUAGUAUCUCCCUGUAGUGAUGAGCCUCAGUCUUUCUCUGUUAGUAUUCAAACACAGGCUAUAGCGGACAUUGGAGAACCAGAAAUUCUCCAGCCUUUGGACCCACAGGCACAGAAGAGCUUACUCCAACUUGAAGAUGAUUCGUUACCUCCCAAAAACAUUACCUCUGAACUUCCACAAAUGACUUCUCUUCCCACAAUUAACCUUGAAAAACUUGAACCAGAAAUUAAUACUGUACAACCCCUUUCUCUUCCCUUGAUAUCUCCUCCUCCCCCUGCCCCACCACCUCCACCUCCUCCUCUUCCACUUCCUUUGAAAGAAGAUAUUGGCCCUAUAGACAUAAGAGUCAUCCAUGUAAAAAAAGAGACAGAUGAAAUUAGUACUUCAAAGACUGAAAGUGCCACAUUGUCCCAGUUGUUUGACAGCAGCCAGCUUCUCAGUGCCAGAAAGAAGCUAAAGAAAACAGGAGCUCUUGAAGGGAUUCAGAGAAGAAGAGUAAGUUCACCAAUGGAUGAAGUGUUAGCUUCAUUAAAACGGGGUAGUUUUCAUCUGAAAAAGGUGGAGCAACGGGCUCUAGCUCCAUACCAAGAUGAAGAUGACAGCAAUAAUAUUUUGGCACAAAUCCGAAAGGGGGUAAAGUUGAAAAAGGUUCAAAAAGAUGAAUUAAAAGAAUCUUUUACACUUCUACCAGACACUGACCCUUUGACAAGGAGUAUUCAUGAAGCACUUAGACGUAUUAAGGAAGCAUCACCUGAGUCUGAGGAUGAAGAGGAAAGCUUACCUUGUACUGACUGGGAAAAUUAACAGGUGUGUUGCAUCCAAUGGGAAGGUUGAUUCAGAAGACAAAGAAGCGCGAUCAAGACAAACGAAAGAGAAAAUUCUUCACUCAGCAUUGGGGAAACCUAAAUAUUUCUGGAGCAAAAUAAUUAUAUUGACCUUUCAUAUAGGAUGAAUUUUUCCUGCUUCCAAAGCACUUUUUUAUACAUAGUGUAACAUAUCUGGCCAGUUAAGGAGUUUGGAAUUUUUAAAACAGGUUCAAUACCAAUCAAUUAUUUUUGAUGUUUGUGUUUAUGAAGGAUAGUUUCUGAAACGGAUGCCACUGAAUGCACUGACGGAAAUAGUUAAAAACAGCUUAUUCCAUACUAUCAUUCGUUAAUCUACAGCAACCAGAUUAGCCACUUUAUUAAUUAUAAAUAUAAGAAUUUUACUACACUUAUUUAAGGGAACAAGAGCUUACAUUUAAACACACACAAAAACUUAACCAGUGGGCCAAUGAUAGUGGGCACCAGAAUGAAAAAGAGACCAGAUUGAAGUAAAGUUAUUAGAAUAUUUUCCUUUUUAAAGAAAAUAAAUAUAGCAACUAGCAGUUGCUAUAAAGCAGUUUUAAUAAGGAGCAAGUAACGUCAUUUUUUUCUAACUUACAUUUUUUGUUAUUAUUAAGUUUAAUGGCUUUUCUUUCAUUAUUUUAUGCAAUAUUUACGCAACUUACCUUACAGAGGAGGAAGAAGUUAAAUAUUUAUAAAUUGUUUAGUUAUUUUACUGUGUGUUUAUAUAUACUAGUGUGUGUGUACUUGCAUAUACAUGUGUGUGUGUGUGUGUGUGUGUGUGUAUAUAUAUCUUUUUUUUUUUUAAUUAUUUUUUUAAGAAGCAGAUUCAUCCCAAUAAUCUGAAGUCUAGUAUCAUUUUUCCUGCAGCAAAGUCUAUAAACCAUUUAGAGUAGCCUUCUUGAUUAGCUGGUAAGUUAUUUAAUCAUACAUUUUCAGUUGAAUGUUAAAAACCUAAGCUUCUUUCUCCAGUACACUGAUACUACAUUUGGAAUGAGCUAAUAAGUUUCUGCUUUAGUAGGUUUGAAAUAAGAACGGUUACUUCAUAAAUGUGCAUGAAGUCCAGAGUUGUUUUUUUGUUUGUUUUUUUAAAUACUUUUCCAUUAGCAAAACAUGAAAGUAUACAGUAUAGAAAAAUGUACACAUUUGUACUGUAUAUGCUCUGAAGCAAUGGCAUCCAAUUAACAGCAUAACCUGAUCUAAAUUGUUAUCAUUGAUUAUAUUUAUAAUUGCGGUUUUCAAAAUAUUUUUCUAUCUAUGGAUAUUUAUUUAGUUAAUUUACCCUCUUAGUCUCUUUUCCCACACCCCAAGCAUUGCACAUAUUCUAUUCCUUAGUAAUGUAGGUUGCCUAUUUUAUAUACCUACACCUGGACGGUGUAUUCAUAUCAAGGUCUAGGUGUACAUGAUUUAAACCAUUGCCCAAUGAAGGGCAAAUUCUGUGCUUAUUUUAUAAAACACGCCUACUGUGCAAAAAUACAUAAUUUGUAAUAUAUUCCUUUAAAUAUUUAUACACAGCAAUGAUAGGCAGUCAGUAUUUAUUUGGAUCCCCACAAAAAUGUGUUCAUCUGUGUCAAAAAAAAUAAUCAAUGUGAAUCUAAAACAUUCUUUCCUCAUGGUAGAAUAUGAAGUCUGCAGGGGAAGUCUUUGAGGACCACGUGGUCUCCAGGCCGCGCGACAGUAUGGACAUAGUAAUAGAGCAUAAUUCAUGCAUCCUUCUGUAAAAAUAAAUGAAUACUGCUGGGAGUGUACCUCAUAAAUAUAGUAUUUUCCCGAUUAUAGUUUACAUCCUUUUGUAACAGGAUGACAAAUGGUGUACAUUAUAAUAUUUUACUGUAUAAUAGCCUUUCCUUUUAGCAAGAUGGCGAUUAUCAUUAAAAAUGUUUGCAGACUUAAGAAACCUGAAUUUACUUUAAUAUAUCACAGUAUAAUCUAGUCUGGUGCAGAUAACAGCCUUAUUAAAAAUUGCUGCAUAUCCGUUUAAUAUUUUUGAAUUGCUGAUUAUUAAAUACAAUCCCUGAUAGGGAUAACACAGCAUUGUAGAUAUAUAAUUUUAAACAUGUGCUAGACCCUUGCUUUGUAAAGUAUAUUAUUUUAUAGCGUUAUAUUUUAAUAUUUACCAUAACUAAUACUAUGCAAUUUUUUUUAUUAUUGAGCUGCUAAGCACUCACUAAAUAUUGAUUUUAAUAUCACUUCAGCCCCAAGAUGCAUUAACAUAACUCAUACUGACCUAUUGUGUAGUUGUGAAAAUUUCCUCUUGUAAAAUAGUAUCUUUGCAAUUGAAAGAAAAAUAUGAUUUAGAGCAAAACACAACAUGAACACAGUAUCCAUUAUGAUAU